UGGGGACGGCUACUUUACAAUAGACGGAACUGAAGGAACCAUCGCCACUAAUGAAUUACUGGACAGAGAAAGCACCGCGCAGUAUAAUUUCUCCAUAAUUGCGAGUAAAGUUAGUAACCCAUUAUUAACCAGCAAAGUCAACAUAUUGAUUAAUGUCCUAGAUGUCAAUGAAUUUCCUCCAGAAAUAUCUGUGCCGUAUGAGACAGCUGUGUGUGAAAAUGCCAAACCAGGACAGAUAAUUCAGAUAGUCAGCGCUGCAGACCGAGAUCUUUCACCUGCUGGGCAGCAAUUCUCCUUUAGAUUAUCGCCCGAAGCUGCCAUCAAACCAAAUUUUACAGUCCGUGACUUCAGAAACAACACAGCUGGAAUUGAAACUCGAAGAAAUGGAUACAGCCGCAGGCAGCAAGAGCUGUAUUUCCUCCCUGUUGUAAUAGAAGACAGCAGUUAUCCUGUCCAGAGCAGCACAAACACAAUGACUAUUCGAGUUUGUAGAUGUGACUCUGAUGGUACCAUCCUGUCUUGUAAUGUGGAAGCAAUUUUUCUACCUGUAGGACUCAGCACUGGGGCUUUGAUUGCAAUCCUACUGUGCGUUGUUAUACUCUUAGCCAUAGUUGUGCUGUAUGUAGCUCUGCGAAGGCAGAAGAAGAAAGAUACCCUGAUGACCUCUAAAGAAGACAUCAGAGACAACGUUAUCCAUUAUGAUGAUGAAGGAGGGGGUGAAGAGGACACCCAGGCUUUCGACAUUGGUGCUCUGAGAAAUCCAAAAGUGAUUGAAGAUAACAAAAUUCGCAGGGAUAUAAAGCCCGACUCUCUCUGUUUACCUCGUCAGAGACCACCUGUGGAAGAUAACACAGACAUAAGGGAUUUCAUUAAUCAAAGGCUACAGGAAAACGAUGUCGACCCAACAGCCCCACCAUACGAUUCAUUGGCAACAUACGCCUAUGAAGGAAAUGGAUCUGUAGCAGACUCCCUUAGCUCCAUAGACUCUCUCACCACGGAAGCUGACCAGGACUAUGACUAUCUGACAGACUGGGGACCCCGCUUUAAGGUCUUGGCAGACAUGUUUGGUGAAGAAGAGAGUUAUAACUCUGAUAAAGUCACUUAGGCGAGAAGCGAAGGCUAAAACACAACCAACAGGAGAAAUUUAAAAGAAACGCAAAUAGAAAUCACACACACACGCGCGCGCACACACA